CAUAGCGACACAGAAGGGGUAGCGCAUGACGCCAGCAACCUAACGCUGUUGCCUCUCUUUCUAUCUCUCUCAGACACACACACACCGUCUCUCUCUUUUUCACACAUACUCACGCCUCUCAGACACACGGCAACACGCAAGCCAACGAGCAGGACAGCGCUGGACAUAUCAUUCAUACACGGAACAGAUCCUAAGAAAAGGAUUAACUAUCUCCAUCCCUCUCCCUCUGAGGACCUUAGCCUCUCUUACCUCCUCUUGUUCCUCUAAGCCUUUCUUUACCUCUGUUUUUUUUCUAAAAUCCUCAUCUUUUUUUUUUUACACAAUCCGUCCCUUCACAAUUUAUCGGUGGGUUGAAGGGAAGGUGGAGGAAUUGUCUUUAUUCAGAGAGAAGGAUUAAUCUUACAUUAUUCAUCUGACCAGGAUCUUGAAUGUAUGGAUUUUCUUAGUUGUAGUGGUGACAGCUUUUCUUCAAUUUUUUUGUCCAGUCAGAAAUUUUUGAGCUUUACUUCUUUCUUUUUUUUUUUAAUAAUAUUUUUGGACGAAUGGCUGAUUGCAGAAAGCCAUAAAGCUCGUGCUGUCCGAGAUAUUUGGUCAAAAGGUGAUUUGGUGUGAUUUUUCACAUUCACCACAUUGUCGGGAGCCUCAUUCAUGGCGCCUUGACACCGCUUCCACAGUCCCGUCCCUCCAUCAGAGGAAGGCCGCAGUGCUCUGUCAUGCCCCCCCACACCCACCCCCCCGGGGGCACUGGCCUUCCCCCAGCUAGCGCCACUAUCUACCACUGCUACUUGGCCAAACCAGUCUUCCUCUGUGUCCUCUGCCUCCUAGCUGCAUUGCUGCCGCCAACCUGCUCCUGCCCUCCUCCCUGUCUCUGCUCCUCGGACAGCCUGGUGGUGGACUGCAGAGGCCGGGGUCUCUCCUCUCUGCCUCCCUUGCACCUCCUGCCUCCAAGGAGCCGCUCACUCCUGCUAACCAACAAUAAACUCGCCUCGCUGGGAGCAGCUGCCUUUGCUAACCUCACUUCUCUGGAGGAACUGGACCUCUCUAAUAAUUACUUGGAUAAUUUACCAGCCGGAUUAUUCAGAGACAUGUCCAACCUGACAAGAUUGACUCUGCGCAACAACUCCUUAACAGUAAUGGACAGAGACCUCUUCCAGGGUCUGAGCGGUCUUCAGAGUCUAGACCUGUCAUUGAAUGGUCUGUCCACAAUUCCUCUCGGCCUACUGGAUGAGUUGCAGAGCCUAAGGUGGCUGUCCCUAGCGGGUAACAGGCUUCAUGGUUUGGAAAGGGCAGCAUUUGAGCCGCUGGCCAAUCUGCAACACCUGGAACUGGGCCAUAACCCCUGGGAAUGUGACUGCAACCUCCGCGAUUUCAAACACUGGAUGGAGUGGCUGCUGUACAGAGGGGGGAAGGUGGAUGCGGUGGAGUGCACACUACCGAAAGAUCUGCGUGGGCGAGACAUCCGUGGCGUUCCGGUGGAAAUGUUCAACUACUGCCUCCAACUCGAAGAUGAGAACGGAGGGGGCGAGGGUUCUCGUUCGGGACAAGGAGGCGGUCCUCCCUGCAGCAGGAACGCUCUCAAUCCCAGCGGGUCGACACCAGUUUCUGACAGCAGCGGCAGCACUGCUGAUGAUUCCUCUUCAAACACUGGAAGUGGAGGAACAGGUGGAGAGGCUCCACAGGACUGCACCCGCUCUCGCUACCGACCUGUAAGCGUGCGGCGUGCCAUUGGUACGGUUGUAAUUGCCGGCGUGGUGUGUGGCAUUGUUUGCAUAAUGAUGGUGGCUGCCGCGGCUUACGGCUGUAUCUACGCCUCCCUGAUGGCCAAAUACCAGAGAGAGCUAAAGAAGAGGCAACCGCUAAUGGGGGAUGGAGAGGCUGAUGGAGAGGACAGGGAUGAGAAACAGAUCUCCUCUGUUGCCUAAAGGGGUGAUGGCAUGGGGGUUUGGCACGUCAAAGGCUUAGGGAUGAAAAGGGUGAAAAUUAAAAGGGCUCAAAGAGAUGAGAGAUGGAAGAGCUUGUUUUAAACACACAGACGGUUAUAGUAUCUCUCCCUGUGACUCUCAAACUGACACCUCUCCCACUUUUUGUCUUCCUUUCUUUUUCUAUUUUUAACCUCCUCCACUCUGUCGUUUUCUCUAACAUACUCCCUCACACACAUACCUUAUCUGCUCCCAGAUUCUCUCUUCCAUUUGGACCCGUUCUCACUGCAGUAUUCAUUCCCAAACAUCCCUCCAACUCGCCUACCAGCCACCUACUGCUGUUGAAUUUACCAGUAUAUUGGCUAGGAGAAAAAAAAUUGGUUCCUCUCUCUCAGUAUGAAACAUAUCAUUUAAGUAGUUACAGAACACUCAUGGUGCACGGUGAGCCAGUUUUUGUAAACCUGGGCUGAGAUAUCAGGGAUUCAUAAUUUGUACGGUAUUGACUGGACCAAUAUGAGAAGAAUUUCUUGUAUCAGGAAGUAGCCUGCAGUUCUCAGUUUAUCUGUAACCUUCUCCUUCUCAGCCUCUCCAAAGCCAGUAAACCCCUCAACAAACCAAGAUCUGAGCACAGACCCGUUCACUCUCUUCUGGACUGAUCCUCCUCUGAUUUCUCCUCAACCUCCAAGACCUCAAGAAAGAAACUGACAUUAAUGAGGAGAGCUGAUAGAAAAUUAAGACGAUUUGUAGAUGGAAAUCCGAUCUACUACUUUAUCAAAGGAAAGAUACUGAGGCUAGAUCUGAUAUAUGUAACAGAAAACCAUUUGGAUUUACAGAUGAGCAUUCAUUUAUCACAUUAGUGGGACUCUGGCCUGUUCGGAUCAGACUUCACUUUUGCUCUGGAUCUUCUGUGGACUAAUUCAAGCCUGGAGGUAUUCAAAACUGAAGCUGUCCAUGAGAUUCUGACUUGGAUCUUAUCAAUCAGCUCAAGGAGGAUUAAACCAUAUGACUGGAAUGUUGAAUUUGCUGUAUUCACCUGCUUCAGAAAAAGCUCCUACUUGUUUGAUGCUUAAAAUGGUUAUGAUAAAUGUCCGGACAGAUCAAAAGAAUCAGAUCAAAUCCAUGUUCUGAUGCUACUUGGACUAUGCUUCUGGAUCAAAGAAGAUUACACCACAGUUACUGAGAUCCAAAGGACCACAGACUUUGCUUUAAAGCACAUGCUCUUUGUUCUGAACUCAUUUUGAAACUCCUUUCACCUAUCAGAGGUGAAAGUUUGCUACUAUGGCAUAAAAAAAACCUCAGAGAAUCCUGGUUUUCUGGCAAGGACUACAAAAAUUCAUCUAUAAACUACAAACUUCAGGCUUGUGCACUUUAUUUCCCUAAACAGAUUCCCUCUGGCCUCUCUCUUUCUGUCCUGUCCUCCUUCUUUCUUUCUAAGAUGGAUGAAUUGCCUGGAGGGAUUAUUAAAAAAAGAGGGAUUAAACUAAAAAAGCUGCUAUUUUUACCCCU